UCAAUUACCGCCUCUAACCUCUCGCCCGAUGUCACCGAGAAGCAGAUCAGAGAGUUCUUCUCUUUCUGCGGCCGGAUCAACUCCCUCGACAUCCAAGAGUCAGAGGGAACCCAGACUGUCGUGAUCACUUUCGCCAACCCCGCUGCUGCCCGUACCGCACUCUUGCUCCACGAGGCUCAAUUGGGUACGAACAAGGUUUAUAUUAAGUCUUCCGAUGGCGAGACCUCCACGAUCACCCCCGAGAACCUUCCUGGACCUGAUGUCGCCGCGACGGAUGCGCACACCACCGAUGUCGCACAGGAAGAUAAGCCCAAGGCUACCAUCCUCGCUGAAUACUUGUCUCAUGGCUAUGUCAUCUCUGACGUUGCCCUCCACAAGGGUCUCGAAAUCGACCAAAAGCAAGGUAUCUCUAACCGCUUUCAAUCUUUCCUCAGCACCGCCUUGGACAACCUCAAAUCCACCGCAACCCAAAUCGACUCCAAGCUCCACGUCACUGACAAAGCCACCGAGCUCGACACCAAAUACGCCAUCUCCUCCACCGCAACGAACACCGCAACUCAAGCCCAAGGCCUCUUCUCUCGCUAUUUCGAGAAAGCGAACAACCACCCCCUCGGCGCCAAAGUCCGCUCAUUCUACGACACCACCUCAAAGCAAGUUCUCGACAUCCACGCCGAGGCCCGUCGGUUGGCGGAUUUGAGGAAGGAGCAGGGUGAGGGACGUGUGUAUCAGGAGAAGCUUGAU